UCCUCAUCUCGUCGGGCCGGACAUGGCAGUGACAGGAGUGCUGGGGGAAUACGGAGCCUGGCAGAGGGCAGAGCGCAGGCACCUGGCGGCUAAAGGGUGCGGGGAAGCAGUGUGAGGCCUGCUGCCUCCGGGACCGCGGUGUGUCCUGCAGAACAAGCCGUGCUCGUGAGGUAACAGGGGGAAGGCGACUUGCUUUUUAUUAGUACCCGGCAUGAGGAGCCCGCGGGCUCAUGUAGAACACUAAACAGGCCCUAACAAAUGGAUAACUAUUUUGAGGAAGAAACAUGUAACCUGGACAAGGUGCUAGAUGAAUUUGAAAAGAAUGAAGAUGAGACAGUUUCUUCAAGGUUGCUGGAUGCAAAGUGGAAUCAGAUCCUUGACACACCUUCUCUCCGUCUAGCAGAUCAUUCAGAGCUUGACAAUGUCAGCAAAUCCUUUAUUACCAUUGAAGCUCAUCUCAAAGUUGGCUCACCCAACCUAUUGUCACCACCUAUGUCCCCAUGCUGUAACGGAGAGAUUGGAUGCGUGUCAUUGCAGAGCGCCAUGGUAGCUGGAGACAAUAUGGCAGAUACCCAGCUGGACGAUUGCAGUGUUCAUUCUGAGUGUGUGCUGACAAAUGCCCGUUUUCAGGGCAGCACUAUGCUAAAUUCUGCUGAAGAUACAGAAAACCAAGAUUUUGAGAGGAGUGUCUUGAAGGGCAAUAGUUUGUCUUCUUGUAAAAGUCCCACAAACCAAUCUUUAAUGGAUGCUCUUUACCUUACUCUGGAUACGGAAAGGCCUGACCACCAUCAUCUUAAUAUUACUGAAAACAACCAGCAACCAGGAGCACAAAUCACAACUCCUGAUGCUGAUUGUAGCGUAGAUGAUCCUCAUUCUGUCAACACUAAAACUAAUACACUGUCCCCAAUACAGACACAAAAAGGUGUAAAUACAAACACCGGUCCCCAUGAUCCCUGCAUUGCGUCUGGUAUUAUAUUAUCUAGUGGAUCUGUUGUGAUAUCUGAUGCAGAAGGGUAUGACACAUCCAGAAUUUCCACUUUUAGUACAAAGAAUAAUAAUGGUCAGCUGGGUGACCUAGAUGUUCCCCACAGUCCACCUUUGGAUGCACAAAAGCUUAAUUCCUCCUCCCCUUUUUGUGCAGAUAUGCAACUUGUUAAUGUAGCCAGAACAGAAAAGGUUUAUGUACAAUCUGUUGAUAUUGUCACCGACAAUGAUAAUCUUCACAGCAGUGCUUCCUCUAAUCUUAUGGUAGAACAUUUUGAAAAUUCUUGUGUAAUUAAUGGUGAGUUCAACAAGACUAGUGAAAAACAAAGCACUGAGAUGGAUGGUACAUGCCAACCAUCAGCUCACUGUCAUGUGGGAGUGGAACACAAGGAGCUGGUAGAUACAAAUGUAAUCUUAAACUCUUCUAUAGAGGAUGCUGAGGGACCAAAUCAUACAGAGGAUGAUGGAACAAACGUGUUGCACAAUGGGGAUGAUUCCUAUGGAAUGCAGAACCCCACUAUAUCUCAUAACCCAAAGAAUUUACCAUCAAAAGAAGACUCUGUGACAGAAGAGAAGGAGAUUGAGGAGAGUAAAUCUGAAUAUUACAGCAAUGUUUAUGAGCAGCAACGAGAUGAUGAGGUCCUAGAAGGGAGUAGACUUGUCUUAAAUACUGUUGGUGACCAAAUGAAGAACCACUUGCACAGUCUGUGUGGUCAGGUGCUACCAGCACAUGGGCAUACAUCACCAAAACAGACCAACAGUGUGCAAUCAGUUAGUGUGCCAUUUGGAGGUGCCCGUCCAAAGCAGCCAACUCAUCUUAAAUUGCAGAUCCCAAAGCCAUUAUCUGAAAUGCUACAAAGUGACCUAGUCCCCCCCAAUGCUGGCUGCAGCCUAAAGAAUAAAAAUGACUUGUUAAACAAAUCAAAUCAAAGUGAUAACCUGAUCUCUGACAGUCUCCGUAAUGAGGCCCCUCUGUGCAGCCCUGUUGCUGAUGCAAAUAGUGAACUGCUAAUAGACUCUAGCGUCCCCGGCAGUCCAUGUCUUGCAUUGUCACCAGAAAGCCCAGACAAUGACCUUCUUGCUGGGCAUUUUGGGAUUCCUACCUCCAAGCCAUUUAAUACACUAGGGGAGGUGGCGCCGGUCUGGGUACCUGAUUCACAAGCACCCAACUGCAUGAAGUGUGAAGCCAAAUUUACAUUUACCAAAAGGAGACACCACUGUCGAGCUUGUGGUAAGGUUUUUUGUGCCGCGUGUUGCAGUCUCAAGUGCAAACUUCUCUAUAUGGACAAGAAGGAAGCCCGCGUUUGUGUUAUUUGCCAUUCUGUGCUUAUUAAAGCUCAAGCUUUAGAGAACCGGCCAAGCACCAUUGUACAAUCACCAAACCCAAACAACCCUGCAGAGUAUUGCUCUACAAUCCCGCCCAUGCAGCAGGCGCAGGCCUCUGGUGCCCUCAGCUCCCCACCUCUGACUGUUAUGGUACCUGUGGGAGUUUUAAAGCACCCUGGAGUGGAAGUGUCUCAAUGUCGGGAGCAAAGGAGAGUUUGGUUUGCUGAUGGAAUCUUACCAAACGGAGAAGCAGCUGAUGCCAGUAAAGCAAGUGGAGCUCCAGCAGCAGGGACAUUAACAAUGUCACAAGAUGCAAGCAAAUCUUCUCCCAGCUGCUCACCAACCUCAGAGGCGGAGAACACAUCUGGAUUCUGUGGGAGCGUAACGCAAGUUGGCAGCGCAAUGAAUCUUAUUCCAGAGGACGGUCUUCCUCCCAUCCUGAUUUCUACUGGAGUGAAAGGAGAUUAUGCUGUAGAAGAGCGUCCAUCUCAGAUGUGCGUAAUGCAGCAGCUGGAGGACGGAGGCUCUGAUCCGCUUGUUUUUGUCCUUAAUGCAAACCUUUUAGCUAUGGUGAAGAUUGUGAACUAUGUCAACAGGAAGUGUUGGUGCUUCACCACCAAAGGGAUGCACGCCGUGGGCCAGGCAGAAAUUGUAAUCCUCUUGCAGUGUCAGCCUGAUGAAAAGUGCCUGCCCAGGGACCUGUUCAGCCACUUUGUGGAGCUGUACAGAGAGGCGAUGGCAGGGAAUGUGGUAGGAAACUUGGGGCAUUCAUUCUUCAGCCAGACGUUUCUGGGUAGUAAGGAACAUGGCGGGUUCCUGUAUGUCACCCCCACCUACCAGUCCUUGCAAGAUUUGGUGCUCCCAGCACAACCGUAUCUGUUUGGAAUCCUCAUCCAGAAGUGGGAAACUCCAUGGGCCAAAGUUUUCCCAAUUCGUCUCAUGCUGCGUUUGGGAGCAGAGUACAGAUUGUACCCAUGUCCGCUCUUCAGUGUCAGAUUCCGGAAGCCGCUGUUUGGUGAGACUGGCCACACGAUCAUAAACGUGCUAGCUGACUUCAGAAACUACCAGUAUACUCUACCGGUGGUGCAAGGUUUGGUGGUAGAUAUGGAAGUGAAGAAAACCAGCAUUAAAAUCCCCAGCAACAGAUACAAUGAGAUGAUGAAAGCCAUGAAUAAGUCAAAUGAACACGUCCUGGCUGGUGGCGCUUGCUUUAACCAGAAGGCUGACUCUCACUUGGUGUGUGUGCAGAACGAUGAUGGCAAUUACCAGACGCAGGCCAUUAGCAUCCACAAACAGCCGCGAAAAGUGACUGGCGCCAGCUUCUUUGUGUUCAGUGGUGCACUGAAGGCCUCUUCAGGUUUCCUGGCAAAGUCCAGCAUUGUGGAAGACGGUGUCAUGGUUCAGAUUACUGCAGAAAGCAUGGACGCCCUAAGGCAAGCGCUGAGGGAAAUGAAGGAUUUCACUAUCACUUGUGGGAAGGCAGAUGCAGAGGAAACUCAGGAGCACGUCUAUGUGCAGUGGGUAGAGGACGAUAAAAACUUUAACAAAGGAGUUUCCAGCCCAAUUGAUGGCAAAUUGAUGGAGUCAGUGACAAGUGUCAAGAUAUUCCAUGGUUCUGAAUACAAAGCUAACGGAAAAGUUAUUCGAUGGACUGAGGUUUUCUUCCUCGAGAGUGAAGAGCAACAGAGUGGCCUAAGUGACCCAGCUGACCACAGCCGUCUGACUGAGAAUUUGGCCAAAGCAUUUUGCCUGGCACUCUGUCCGCACCUCAAGCUACUAAAGGAAGACGGAAUGACCCGACUGGGAUUGCGAGUCACCUUGGACUCAGAUCAGGUUGGAUACCAAGCAGGAAGCAAUGGCCAACCUCUGCCAGCCCGAUACACUAAUGACUUGGAUAGUGCCUUGGUGCCAGUGAUACACGGAAGCACGUGCCAGCUGAACGAGGGGCCUGUCACUAUGGAACUGCUGUUUUAUAUCCUAGAAAACAUCUCAUAGGGAUGACAUCCAUGUCUCCUUAUAGACUGCCACCGGCCAAACCAUUUGCACUUUAAACAUGAAAGAUCCAUCUUUCUUUUCUUUUGCUAACACUAGUAUUAGGUCAGGGUGCGGGAACGGACUAUACAAUUAGAACUCUUUAAACCUUCUAUGCAUCGUAAGUUGGGAGGAUGAUAUUGCUUUUACUGAUGCCUUGUUUGAAUCCACAAUGGUGGAGCUCAGUCUCACUGAGUAUCCUGGAACUGGUCAUGUAACGUACGGAGAGGCCCUGAAGGGCUAGUGUCACCUUCAUUCUCAGCUUGGUUAAAAUAAACCUAACCACAAUCAGGAAUUUCACUCUGACCUCAUCUAAGCCAUCACUAUGGACCUCUUUGCUUGUUUUCUUUUAUCUUCUUCAAGUUUACAUUGUCAGGCCAGCCUGAGCCUUUUAUGCUGUUUGAUUUCUGACACAUUGAUGCAUGGCAAGGGGAAUAUGUCACACUGCCUGAGAGUAUUACAGUCCGGUCACAUGCAUGAAUCCAGCCAGCUCAGUUUUGUUGGAGCAGAAAUUUUAUUUUUAUUUUGUUCAAAAGCGCACAAGACUUUACUCACACCUGUGUCAUUUUGAAUAACUAUAAGCUAAUUUAUUGGCUCAUUAGAGCAUGUGCAAAAAAAAUGCUAAUUUCAGGAAUACUCGAAAUACAAACUAUGUUGUGUUGCUAAUAUCUUAGACGAACCAAAUGCAGAUCUAAGACUCUCCCAGGUAGGCAGCGUAUUCGCUUGUGUGUAGGUUGGUAUAAACGGUGUUAUAGGAUUAUACCGAGUAUCUACUUCCAGACCAUAAGCUAAGUUGCUGUAUGAUUUUCCCCAGAACAUAGUUUGUAUCUAAGACAAAGAAAACCAUGUUCUUUAGAUCUCAAUUUUGAGUCAUUGAGCUAUGGGACUGCAUGAGGUCAGAAAUAAAGUAUGAUUCACCCACACUUAA